GCAGAUCUUCUCAUCAUGAUUCGCAACCGCUGCUAACAUUCAACACACUACCGCAUCAGAAUCUCCUGAUUUGAACUCUGGAUUAUCGUGCUAACUGAAGGGAUCGGCUCAGGGGGGCUUCCGAGGAACCUCCCCUUGUAAGAAUGCUCCGCUCCAGACUUUCUCCUAGCUCUUUCAUUCUGGUCUCGACAUUGUUCAUCGGAAGUUCGUACGACACUGUGCAAGGCCAUGCAGACUCGUGUUACCCCAGCACGGCUCACAGAGAUCAGACAUUGCUUGCUUUUUCGCUGUGCCAUGGAGGACUCUACGUUGGUAUCGCCGAUCUGAGCAAAAAGCUUCCGCCGCUCUCGCGCAGUCGGCCUGCUACAGCCCUGCAUGUACAAGCUGGGAUGAAAGACUGGAUCAAGAAAGUGGUGUUCGGCGACGAGACCAAGAGCAGGUGGAAGAGAGCUGUGACUCAGUAUCAGGUGGUUGGGACAGGAGCAACGGAGGAGGAGAAACUUGAAGCAGCAAGGAUUCGGAGACGAGCCUUUGUCGUACAAGAUCCCAAGUAUCGUGAGAUUAUCAAGAACGAAGCCAGCUUCUCCGCUGAAAGUGUUUCAUUGUCGCAAGAGAGUGAUUUGGACAAUACUGCAAAGACAAGAGAACUGAGUGAUCUCAGCUUGGCACACAAUCAAGUCAAA